AAUUUUAACAAUUUGUUAAAUUUGAAUCAAUAUUUAUCGGAAUUUUCAUUUUACCGUACUUUUAAAAAAACUAAAGAAAUAUUUUAAAUAUAACUAUAUUGAAUUUUUUUCGGAUACGACCUUGUAAAUGCUUCCAAAAAUUAUAUUUUUAUUAUUCUAUUGUUUAGCAAUAGUUGAAUCAUUUCGAUUUCAAGCAACUAAUAAAAUUUAUCUUGAUAUUCGUCACGGUUCACAAAAUUUGGGUCGAAUGGUAAUUGGAUUAUUUGGAAAUGAUGCACCAAAAACUGUACAAAAUUUUCGGCAUAUUUGUCUUAAAGGAAUAAAUGGUCGUACAUAUAAAGGAACACGUUUUCACAGAGUUAUUCAAAGAUUUAUGAUUCAAGGUGGUGAUAUAGUAAAUUAUGAUGGAACUGGUUCUGUUAGCAUUUUUGGAAAAUAUUUUGAAGAUGAGAAUUUAACAAUAUCGCAUACAAGAGCUGGUUUUAUUGGUAUGGCAAAUCGUGGUCCAGAUACAAAUGGUUGUCAAUUUUAUAUAACAACAACUCGAACUGAAUGGCUAGAUGGCAAACAUACAAUAUUUGGAAAAGUGUAUGAAGGAAUGGAAGUUCUCUUCGCUAUCGAAAAAGUUAAAACAAACUCAGACGAUGAGCCUUUGGUAAAUGUAACAAUUCAUAAAUGUGGAGAAAUUAAAAUUAAAGAACCUUUUCAAGUAUCAGAUGAACUCUAUACAUUAUGGGAUUGGAUGGUUGCUAUUGGGCCACCAUGUGCAAUGUCAUUUAUAGUUUUAGCAAUUUUUCACUAUCUUUUCCGAAAAUUAAGUAUGGUUUGUUAGAUUUUUCAAAAUACACCUGAAUAUUUUUAAAAAUAAAUUAAUUAAUUAAUGUGAAAAUUUGUAAAAGGGAAGUGAUGUGAUGCUAUAAAUUAUGCACUAAUCAAAAAUAAAAGUUACUAAAUUAAAUGAAUUAAUUUGAAUAAUGUUCCAAAUUUUAUUAGAAUAAGUUUUAAAUUUCAAUGUAUUCUACUUAUUCUAUUGUCGAGCUUUUUAAAAAUUUUGAUAUUAAUUAAUGCUUGAUAUUAUUAAUCCCAAGUGUACCGAGGUAAUAAUAUGUAUGUACUUAUAUUAUACAAAAAAUAAAAAUCUGUUAAAAAAUUCUUUUUCAAACCAA